GCAACUGAUCAUUUGUGUCGGAAUUUCUCACAUCUUUUUUCUUAAACUGGCUUCAUUUUCGGUCCGGUUUCUUGGGGAUAUCAUCUCUCUAUUCGACUACGUCUUACUUGUCGACUCCGUCAUUAUCGCCACCUCCUAGCUCGAACCGACGGCAAAUUACUCUGACGACUUGCACUUGAUAUCACCUGAUAUCAAUCUACUCUCGCCUACAUAUCAGCUUGCGUUUUGCCCGUCGCUCAUGCUCGUUCGAUCUCGAUAAUGUAUCAUUACUCAAGUCCACCCCAGGGGUGGUCAACCUACGACUAUUCGCAGUCACCCCCAACAUCACCAUACUACGCUCAGUAUGCCUCUCAGUAUGCCAACGCAUACUCUUCGCCACGAGGUACCUCGCGACGACACACGCGCAAGGCCAGCUACACGGCCACCACCAAGGAGCCCGCCUGGCACUCGACCUACCCGCAAUCCUACUACGAGGCCACGCCGGAAUAUGGCAUCCCGUCGCGAAAGCACGAUCAUGUAAGUGCUUCUUUUGCGGGACCCAAGCACCGUCGUUCCCGUACGACGGGGCAUCCUGCGGGGGAUGGCCUUGGCCCCGGCGCCGGCUUCAAAUUUGGUUUCCAUCCGCAAUCGCAACAGCCCAUCUUUGUGGAUGUGGCUGAGGAAUUCGAUACUCCGCGCUACGCCUCUUUCCACAAGAAGCAGACGCCGCACGAGUCCCAGCCCCAGCCUCGUCCGACACGCCAUGGCCGUCCCCCCGCAGAUGCAGCUGCUACAGCACAACCCUCCACGCCGAAGCGAGAUGGCCCCGGCCAGCAUCGUCGAACCGCGUCGACCUCUUACCGCAAAGCGUCAGCCGCUGAUUCUCACUUUUACUUCACCCAGGCACCUAACAACGAAGACAUCGAAUCAGCUCGUCGCUCCCACGCCCGUCGCCAAUCCACCUCCACCCGUACCCCGUCUAAGCCCAAGCCAGCACCCCCUUCUGCUAAGCCACCACCCGUUGCCACCGAAGAGGACGCCGAGCGCGCAGGUAUUCCGCCCGGGUAUUCGACCAAGAACUGGGACCCGACGGAAGCACCUAUCAUUCUCCUCGGCAGCGUGUUCGAUGCUAACUCCCUCGGCAAGUGGAUCUACGACUGGACCGUCUUCCACCACGGCGCAUCGACUCCUAUGGCCGACGUCGCCGGCGAUCUAUGGCUACUCCUGAUCAAAUUGGCCGGCAAGGUCAAGCGUGCUGACGAAUGUCUUCCGCGAAUUCAAAGCCCCGAGGCACAAGACAUCGUCGAGGAUUUCCUUGAAAGCGGCGAUCGUUUGUGGAAUCGGUUCAAGAAGCUCCUCAAGGCUUGCGAGAUGUUCAUGUGGAAGGCGGCUAAGAGGGAAAGUAGCAAAGGGCAGGUGUCUAUGGGUCGCAAUGCAGGCUGCGAGUUUGUUGACUCGAUUUUUGGGCGCGAUCGCGAGCUUGAAAAUACGGAGAAGCUGAUGAAUAGUAUCCGGUUGUGGAAUAUGCGGUUCGACGCUAAUUGCGAAGAUAUUCUGCGUCGGCCGUCAGCUCCAUAGAUGGUUGAAAGGCAAAAAGCCAUCAUACACUACAAACCAUCGGAAGAGAUUCACUAUCGACAUUUAUCGGCAGUAUUCGAAAUCCCUCCUUCGCUCGAGAAGCGUUGUUUAUAGCAGACACUUUGUCUGGCUUUUUCCGUUAUUUAUUUCCGGAGCAUUUAAAACCCCUGGUUGAAUUGCAUUUGCAGCGCGUUGGGUCCGGCACAUUGGCUGGCAUUUCCUCGUUUGUCGCUCUAUUUCUACGGUCUGCGUCUCUGCUUAUUUGGAUCAAUCGGCAGCACCUUUCUUUCACCACCCAGUCGGUGGUGAUGAUUCUCUCCUAUCCCCUCCUCCCCCUCCAAAAGCUCAUGGUUUCGGCGCUUCUAUUCUAUCCUGCGUUUCUUACCAUUUCGUUUCGUUUCCCUUUUGGGGUGGCGUCUUACUUGAUCUUUUUUUACCCGGCAUGGCGUUAUCUGUCGCUGAUGCGCUAUCUUCUACUCUUGCGCUCUGUUUCGGCUGUCGUUGAUGCCCGUGUCAUUCUGUCUUCGAUGAUACCAUCUCGCGAUUCCCCCCAGUUUUGGCUUCAGGUCUUUUGGAUUCAUUUUCCUUUGUCAAACCUUUCCUUUUUCUCUUUUGCUUUGAUCUUGUGGUCUGAAUUCCUGUUUCUUUUUGCUUUUCACCGGCGAUCCUGUUGAGGUUGGAGGAAUUGGGUUGUACAUAGCGAAACCUCGACCUCAGCAGCCCGGUACCCUGGCACCCUGAUUGUUUUAUCUCUUAUAUAGAGCAGGCCACAAGAGACCACUCCUUUAAUCCAAAAGCCAUACAUCAGAUUUUGAUUCUUACAAUACCUCUUCCCG